GAGUUUUUGGAGGCAGAGUUUUUGGAGGAGGCGAGCCUGGAAACUGAUCCAGAAAGCGCGAAGCUACGAGACUCUUUGCGAACAUGGUUUAUUCGCACUAAAGUUGCUCGUAGCGGGAGUAAUUAUUUACUAGGAAUACUGCGAAAAGCGUCUUCUCUUUCUGCUUUUUCAUCUCUUCCACAGGAUGUUAGGACAUUGCUGAAAGCUCCGGUUAACGUCAGCGAGCAGAUUACUAAGGUUCCAGGUGGAGGUGAAAUGUGGUACCAAGGCGUUGAAUGUUGUUUUCAACAUUAUUUUCGCGAUGUGGACGUACUAGAGGAUGUGUUUGAGCUGAAUCUUUCAGUGGACGGAAUACCAAUAUAUAACCGCAGCGCAAUACAGAUGUGGCCUAUACUAAUGCAGUUGCACAAUAUGCCGAAUGUUCCUGUUAUGGUGGUUGGAAUAUUUUGCGGCACUUCUAAACCAAACGAUGUUGAGCCUUUCCUGAGACCUUUGGUGGAGGAACUAAAUAGGCUACAUGAUCACAAAAUGAACCUAAACGGCAAAAAAAUAACUGUUUCGGUUAGAGUCAUAAUCGCUGACUCGCCUGCACGCGCAUUUAUUAAACGUGAGUAAUUGGAAUCGCUCUUUUAUUUUAAUUUUAAUAAUGUGUAUGAAUUUCGUUGUACAAUUUUAUUGCAGAAGUUAGCUACUACAACGGAGUACAUGGGUGUUUAAAAUGUAAAUGCUGUGGUACUUCCCUAAAAACACCACAUCUUGACCUUAAUGAGCGAAUGCUUGUUUCCACCACACCUACCAGGUCACCUCCCGAAUGCUUAGCCGCUCCUAAAAAACGACCGAAGCGAAACGCUAAACGGACUGAUGAAUCUGCCGACGCUGGCCCAUCGGAUGAAUAGCAAUCUUGCACUGCAUCCGGCGAUGCACCUCGCUCAGCUCAACCCAGUUUCUCUAUCUACUACCAAAAUGUACGUGGUCUACGAACGAAAACUACAAAUCUUCGCCUGGCGCUAUCAGAAUCAGAAUAUGAUUUUAUCAUUCUCACCGAGACUUGGCUUAC